AUGGCUGCGCAGGCCAUAGACCCGCUGCACUCCGCUCGGCCAUCACUCCUGUCGCCUGCCCUGCCGCGCCUACCGGGAGGAGGCGGCGGCGGGCUUGGGCUAGCACCCACCGAGCCAUGCCUGGCGCCAGGCGAGUAUGGCCAGCCGCCACCGCCCAUCACGUGUGAUCCUCUGCCUCCGGAGGUGGCAGCCAAGCUGGCAGCAGGGGAAGGCAUGGCGGUGGCGCUGGAGGGCCAUAGCAAGCACAGCCAGCUGGAGUGGUGCCUGGAGCAGGCAGCGGCAGCGGCACGGCUGCAGCGGCGGCAUCCGGCCGAGGCGCAGCAGGCUGAGCGGCCUGCACGGGCCUCGACCAGGCCUGCCGCUCAUGCCCCCGCCGCCGGCGCCCGCGCCCGCGCUGCCGCUGCCCUCAGCAGCAGCAGCAGCGAGGAGAGGUUUGGGUCGGAGGGAGCGGUGUCUUCUGGUGCCUUGCACAUGCACAGCCGCGCAUCCGCUGUGCUGCAGGAGCCACAGGCUAUGGAGCACGAUGCUCCGCCAGGCGAGGCAAGCGAUGGUGGAGCGGCGGAGGCAGAGGCAGGCGCGGAGGCGGCGUCUGAGGGCCAGGCAGGGGACUCGGGUGCCCUGUUGGAGCAAGAGCUUGAGCAGGGUUUCGCCGAGUGUGCUUCAGGGGCUGCGGCGGAGGAAGAGGGGGAGCCUGCGGCAGCACCCGCAGCAGCACCUACAGCAGGAGCAGAGGCGGCAGCCGCGGCAGGGCCAGGCGCCGCGGCGCAGGAGGCAGCAGCGGCAGCGGAGGAGGAAGCACCGGGCGGUGGUGACGAGGGCGGCUGGUAUGAUUCGGGGUCGGAGGCUGCUGCUGGGCCGUCGUCCCCUGUGGCAAAGGAGGCAGCGGAGGGCGGGUCGGGAGCCGAGGAGCAGGCAGCGGGAGCGCAGUCGCCCGGCAAGCGCAAGCGCCCGCCCGCGCAGGAGGCUGCUAUCCAGGCUGCGCUGCACAAGCUCGGGGAGAGCGGCUGGCCGGAGUUCUGCCGCAAACUGUGCGAGCACGCGGAGCGGCGGGAGGCGUCGGCGGCAGCAGGUGGCGGCCGCGGGCGUGGGCGCGGGCGCAAGGGCGGACGCGGCAGGGGUGGCAAGGGCAAGGCUGGCGGCAGCACGGCGGCUGAGGAGGUGGGGGUGCAGGAUGUGCUGAACAAGAACAGCCGCCUGUUCCAUGAAGGCUUUGCUGCCGCAUAUCACGAGGCAAAGGCGCAACUGGACAAGAAGGAUACUAAGCGGCAGAAGGAGGAGAGGCUGAAGGAGCACAGCAAGCUGGUGGGCCGCUGGUCGGAGCUGAGCACCGUGCUGUCGGUCGGCGACUCGCUGCACAUGCAGGCGCUGCAGGGCCGUGUGCAGGAGGAGCAGGGGCAGUACAUGGCGCAUGUGCAGCAGAAGGCGGCGGGCGUCAAGUACCAGCACUGCACAGAGCGGCAGGGUGCGCAGCUGGAAGAAGACGAGAUGGGCAGGCGGCAGCGCGUGCACCGCGGCCUCCCGCGCUGCUACCGCCUGCGCGCGGUGCUGCCCGUCCCCACGCCUGCCGCCGCCGCUGCUGCGGACGCCGGACGGCAGCAGGCAGAAGGGCUGCCGCUGCGGCACGUGGCGGCGCUGCGGCGCGAGGGCCGCCCCCCGGUGUUUGUGCGGCCCGCCGACGGCGCCACCAUCCCUGGCAGCAACAUCUACCUGCCCUGUGUGGUGGAGGCGCCGCCGGGCGGUGCAGGCAGGGCCAGCGGCGGCAGCGGCGAGGUGUACCGCAAAGCAGAGGUCCCGCCGCUGGCAGAGGACCCACUGCUGGCCGAGCUGGCGCAGCAGGCGCAGCAGGCGCAGGAUGAGCGCGCAGCAGCCGCUCCGGCUGCUGAUGGCGCGGCGCAGCCGCUGUUCUGCCUGUCAGCCUCGGCCUUUGCUGCCAUUGUCAGCACGCCCAUGCUGGAAGGGGUGCCUGCCUGGGAAAUCCCGGUCACCAUCCAGCAGCUGCCACCGGCAGCGGCGGCGGGAGCCGGUGGGGAGCAGGCAGGCGAGCAGCAGCAGCAGCAGCAGGAGUCGGGCAGCGUGGUGGUGUGCUUGGAGAAGCCUCUGCUGCCGCGCAUGAUGACGCUUCGUGCCAAGCAGCAACGGCUGCAGAAAUAUGCUGUCCUCUCUCUUGGACUGCAGCAGCAGCCACAGCAGGAGCAGGGCGGAGAGCAGCCACAGCAGCAGCAGCCCAGGACGAGGCGCAGCACGCGAGGGACUGCAGCAGCGGCAGCGCCACUAUCACCGACGGCGCAGGAGCAGCAGCGGGCUGCAGAGGAGGGGGCGGAUGGCGGGGAGGAGGUGCCUCCCCCUCCGCCGCCACCACCGGCGGCGGAUGGGUGCAGCGGGGACGCUGCUGCUGCUCCUGCGGGUGGCGGGCAUGGAGAGCAGCGGCAUGUGGUGCUGGCGCUAUCACCUGAAUACUUGCCUGAGCCAGACCUAGAGGAGACUACGAUGGAGGAGCUGUGCUCCUGGUGGCUCAAGCUGCUGCUGCGCCCUGCUGUCAACACUCUGCUGGUGGCGCACGUGCAUGUGCCACGGGGAAAGGUGCAGAGCUGCGAGGAGCUCACCUCAGCAGACAUUGAGCGGCAGUUUGGCGGCGAUGGCGCUCCGGCCGAGCAGGGCGGCAGCCGCAUGCACCAGGCUGCGGCAGCCGGCCUGGAGCUGCUGCAGCAGCUGCUGCGCGCGGUGGGCCAGCAGCCUCCGGGGCGCUACCUGCUGUGCCGCGUGCCAAGGGACACCACGUGCUGCCUGUUCCGCGCCCUGCCGCCCGACCUGGAGGCAUCUGAUCAGGCCUCACCACUUCCCUGCAGCUCGACGGUGGCACGUGAGGGGACAGUCUAUGAUCUGCAUGCAGCCCACCAUCGCAGCGGCGCCACAGACCUGCACACGUCGCCCUUUGUGCCGCCCCGCUGGCGCCCGCUCAGCCCCGACCUUCCGCAGAUCCCAUUCACCUUCCCCCCCAGGUCUGGACACCUCGGCCGCAAGUACGCAAAGGCGCGGCAGCGCAAGGCUCUUCCCUAUGCUUGGGGGGUGCUGGGCGAGGGCGGCGACUUUGACCAGGCACGCAGGGCGGGGCCGCGGCCGCUGAUGCUCGUGCAGCACCUGGGCCAGAUCAGCAGGGCAGACUAUGCGCAGGCCAUCGGCGAGGAGCUGUAG